AUGAAGAAGAUCAACAUAGUAAGAAGAAAGUUGAUAAAACCAAGCACUCCAACUCCCCAAAACCUCCACAACUACAAACUCUCAUUCAUAGACGAGCUCAACCCGCCGUCAAACAACGGCGUCGUCCUCUUCUACCACGCAAACCCGACAACGAAACCAGCCAACGUGCUCGAAGAGUCCUUGUCGAGGAUCCUGCCGCGAUUCUACCCUCUCGCGGGAAGAUACAUCGACGAGGACUUCAGCUUUGACUGCGUUGACCAGGGCGCCGAGUUUGUCGAAGCGGUAGCUGAGGGCGACGAUGUGGAGGUGGACGAUCUUCUUCUGCGACGAGGGGACCAGUUCAUGGGCCCCACUGAUCCGCUGCUAUCGGUUCAGGUCACUGAGUUAGUGAAAUGUGGGGCCUUGGCUGUCGGUGUUAGUGUUUCGCAUAAGGUUUUCGAUGCUUCUUCGAUUGGGACGUUUAUUGCGGCUUGGUCGAAUGCUAGCAAGAAUUUUUUGGGAGAAGAAGGGAUCGGUGUUGUUCCCAACUUUGAUUCUCAUUUGUUGUUUCCUGGUAGGAAACGAAGUUACUAUGGUGAAAUGAAGCCAUCAGAAACCAAUCAUCAAACCACCACCAUCGUUUCAAAGCGUUUCUCAUUCAAGAAAGAAUCAAUAACAAAUCUGAGAUCAAAACUAAACCCAAAACAAGCCUUCAACAACACCAUCUUCUCCAAGGUUCGUCUCGUCUCCGCGGUCAUAGCCAAAGCCAUGAUCCGCAUCGACACAACGAAACACGGCCGCCCGAGGCCUUCCGUCAUCAUUCAGGCCGUCAACAUGCGGCCGAGAACCGCCCCUCCUCUCCCCAUCCACUCAUGCGGAAACCUCGCUUUGAACGCCGUGGCAAAGUGUUCGCACGGUGCGGACGGUUUGGGACUUGAGGAAAUCGCGUGUGCGAUGAGCGAAGCCAUCGAGAAGACCGUCUCCGACUGCGCUAGGCUGCUGUCGGGUGGGUACGAGGACGUCGUUAUCGGGGCGGAGGCGGGCCUGAUCGAAGGGGCGAUGAGCUCGGAGUCGGAGAUGAGUUACUUGAGUUUUAGUGAUUGGGGUAAGUUCGGGUUGUACGAUGCGGACUUCGGGUGGGGGAAGCCGGCGUCGGUGGGGAUAGCGCGGGUGCCGUAUGAGAGGGCGACGGUGCUCGUGAAUGAUAAAGAUGGUGGUGGGAUUGAGGCGUGGGUUCAUUUGAGUUUAGAUGAGAUGGUUUGCUUUGAAGAAGAUGAUGAAAUUAAAUUAUAUAGUACUACCAUGUGAGAGUGGUAUAUGUAAUAUGUGUCAUUGGGUUUGUUUUUUAAUAAAAUAAUUGGUGGAAGUGUUUUACUAA